CCCCACUCCCUGGCCCUCUACUCUCUGGCCCCCGCUUCAGUCCCAGGAGAUUUGCAGCUCCUGCCAUACCAGUGGCUGGGUCACUGUUCUUCAGCCUCACAUUGUGCCUCUCAAAGGCAGUUUCUUUUCGUAGCCACGCCUGGGCACUCAAACAGUCCAAUAGCUGCUCUAGGAACUUCACGCGGGCGGAAGAGCCUUCCCACCAUGGAUUGCCAAGAAAAUGAGUACUGGGACCAAUGGGGACGGUGUGUCACCUGCCAACGGUGUGGUCCUGGACAGGAGCUAUCCAAGGAUUGUGGUUAUGGAGAGGGUGGAGAUGCCUACUGCACAGCCUGCCCUCCUCGCAGGUACAAAAGCAGCUGGGGCCACCACAGAUGUCAGAGUUGCAUCACCUGUGCUGUCAUCAAUCGUGUUCAGAAGGUCAACUGCACAGCUACCUCUAAUGCUGUCUGUGGGGACUGUUUGCCCAGGUUCUACCGAAAGACACGCAUUGGAGGCCUGCAGGACCAAGAGUGCAUCCCGUGCACGAAGCAGACCCCCACCUCUGAGGUUCAAUGUGCCUUCCAGUUGAGCUUAGUGGAGGCAGAUGCACCCACAGUGCCCCCUCAGGAGGCCACACUUGUUGCACUGGUGAGCAGCCUGCUAGUGGUGUUUACCCUGGCCUUCCUGGGGCUCUUCUUCCUCUACUGCAAGCAGUUCUUCAACAGACAUUGCCAGCGUGUUGCAGGAGGUUUGCUGCAGUUUGAGGCUGAUAAAACAGCAAAGGAGGAAUCUCUCUUCCCUGUGCCACCCAGCAAGGAGACCAGUGCUGAGUCCCAAAUCUCUUGGGCUCCUGGCAGCCUUGCCCAGUUGUUCUCUCUGGACUCUGUUCCUAUACCACAACAGCAGCAGGGGCCUGAAAUGUGAUGUCCACAAGAGCUAAUACCCUACAGAUGGGGCAUAUCCUAUCCCAUCCCACCAGAGGAUUGAUUCUCCAUUUCACCAGGACUGAUCUGGAGCAUUUCUUGCUUCCCUGUUGUAGUCUGGGGAGCCAGAUUCCACAUUCAUGGGACUACCAGACAUGUUCCUAGCUCAACUUGAUUAUAGAGAAGAGGAGAGAGGACAGUGAAUGGGGUAGGGUUUUCAUGUCUGCAUUUUUGGUCAGGUAAGCCUCUCAAAAUUGUGUUGGCACAUCUACCUAGCACUUUAGGGACAAAAUCAAACCCUUCUCCCCUUUUAGCUCCUCCACACUGCCUCCCUCCUCAACACACACACACAUACACACACAUAGACACACAAACACACACACACACACAUUAAUAUCUAUCUUGGGGGAGGCCUCGUGCCAUAAUUCCCAAGUUCAUGUCUCAGACUGCUGCAUUGAAGCAUGAGGCAGGGCAAACACUUUCCGUCUAGAUCCCUGGGGCCUCACCCUGUAUUUGAGGUUCUCACCACCCUCAGCAGGGAGAAGGGCUGAAGUUUGCCGUUUUGGAACCUCACAGAACAUUUCUGAGCCAAAGUAAUCUUCCUUCUGGGGCCUGAGUUCCCCAAACUACCCCACAGCACUCCCUCAAAGACAGCCCUCAAUCCAUGUAGGGACAUCUGAGUAUGCCUCUUUCUAUUGAAAUGUCAAUUCAAUCCCAGCUCUCUCACCACCGUUCCCCUUUGAUUCUUUCUCAAUUGUCUUUUUGCCUUUAGCUCCCACCUAUACAUCUCAUGCUCAGAGAAAAACAAGUUCCUUGGAGGUUGUAUUCUUUAUUCUCCAAGAAUCUGUCUGAAACUUGUACAGCUAGUUCCUGUCCCACAAGUAUUAAGUGGUUUAUUAAGUACAUUAGGCAGAAUGUGCACUUCAUCACCAGGUUCUAGCUCUGGCAAAGGAGUGCUGUCUACAGCAAGAUUUUUGCUUUUAGAAUUUUAUUAAAUACAUCUUUUGGGUUCAUCCAUCUACAAACACUGAUUAAGGGCCCCUGGGGCAACCAAUUGAUCAGAUUACUAAAAGGACUUGGGAAAAAGCAAAAAGGUCCCAUUGUACUGGACUGAGGAUUAGAAGCAAUUGAAAUACAAGCCUGUACCAAGCAAGCAGCCUGGCCCCACACAGGUAUUAGCAAAUAUGUGGUAACCAAGGUUUUAGGCCUUGGCCUUUAGGUUUCCUGUUUUUUUUUUUGUUUUUGUUUUUGUUUUUCUGCAACAGGUUAUUCUUAUCUCACUGGCUUUCACUGAUCAUGUUUAUACCUUCUGGUAGAAGAAAUAAUAUCCAGACAGGGGAUGAUUUGGCUUCAGCAGGCUGCAGGUGUUCAAAGGUUGCCAUGUGGCUGGCAGUGGUUCAAGCCCACAUUUGACACUGCUGCUCUAGAGGAAGAUAAUGAUGGUAACACAGUAAUAAUAAUAAUAAUAACAAAAAUACGAUAAAGUGAAAGAGUAAGGCUUCUUCAGUGUGCUUGCUCAUGGCAUGAAUGCUAUGUGGACAGCCCAAGCCAUACCCAGAAUCACCUUAAUUCCAACUUUUUGAGGUUCAGCAAUUGGAGGUGGCAAUUGGCCUUGCAUUUUAAAGUAUUUUGGGUAAAGGUGAAGUGAAGGAUGUUCGUCUUUAUAAUUUCUGUUUGGCCAUGGCAAAUAUCAUAGUUGAGUAUUUGCUUCAGGAGAGUUCUUUUUACAGUUUUACUUUUCAAUGCUGAGGCAUAUUUCUUUGAGCACUGUGCUUUUAUGUGUCUUUCUACAAAGGGGUUAUUGGUCAGUGGAAGAACAAAGUACACUUAAUAAAAACAUUUUCAACAUACAUUGAGCCUAAACAGCAGUUAAGUUGUCUCUAAAUGAACUAGCAAAAAAAAAAAAAAAAGUGUAGUUUUUGUUUGUAAGGAAGGGGAGGUAUUUCCUGAGAAUGAAUUUUUUUUUUUUUUUUGGAUUACUGUUUUUCUCUCCAUAUACCUUGACUUGGAUUUUGACAGGAGGGAGUCUGGGAAAAUAAUUUUUUCCUCCAAGAUUCUCAGAUCCAGGUUAGGAAAGGAUUCAGCACUACAGCAUACCCCUCUACAACAUACAGCCCUGUCACAUUGAGAUCAUAAUCCCUCCUGUCCCACUCCUCUCUACCAACCCCACCCUACUAGCUAGGUCUUCAGUGUUUUACAUUGAAUACUGGUACAUUUUAAUUAUUUUUUUCUCAUAAAUGGGUUAUUUAUAGAGAUUUUGUUAACUCUUGAGCCAUAUGCAUGUGUAGAUACUGGCAGGGCUAUGUUUGUUUAUGAUGCUCUGCAAACAUUUCAUAUUGGCCAAUAAACAGAAAUAUAUCCAAAAACCUUGUUUAUUCCUCUACUUUCAGAGAACCUGGUGAAUCAUUUUGCUCAUGUGUCUUUUCUCAAUGAGCACAGCAAAAACCGCACCAGCAUGGCACAUGUAUACAUAUGUAACUAACCUGCACAAUGUGCACAUGUACCCUAAAACUUAAAGUAUAAUAAAAAAAAUUAAAAAAAAAAAAGUAAGCCAUAGCCCUUAUUGAACAUCUUCACAUCCAUUCCUGCUGAAAAUAAUGCCCAAAGGUUAGAGAUGGGUAUGAGAGGAGGGAGAGUGGUAAUGGCAGUGGUGGUGGUGUUUUAACUGAACUUCUAAGCUUGUUUUCCAAGAUGUCUUUGAGGACUGCUUUGUGAAAAUUAAGCUGAUAAUCAUGUACAUGUAAAUUUAUGAAAGAAAAAAUUAGAAUUGUCAUGUCAUAGAGUGAAAACUUCGUUUUUACUCUGUGCUCUAUAAAAGCCCAACACCUCUUUAUUGCAAUGUAUGCCUUUCACCUUAAAAGAAAAAUAAAACUGAUUUUAAUCGAAAAAAAAA